AUGGGGAAGAAGAAAACCAGAGCAUUAAGAAAAAAGAAAGGACACCCAAAGGAGUGUAGGAAUGAGAACAAGAUUCCCUUUUACGACCCAAAUUCAGGAAUCUUCACUCUAAAGGUGUGUCACAGUGGACAACUCAAGCAUGUAGGUAACAUUCCAACCUACCUUGGUGGGGUUACUAAUUUAAUACAUUUCCAAGAUGUGGAUAACAUGAGCAUGUUUGAGCUAUAUGGGAUUUCUAGAGAUUUGGAUUUCACAAAUCCAGAGGAAAUUGCUUUUUAUUUUAAGUGGGAAGGUAGUGUGUUAAUGGAAUGUGUAACUAGUGAUGUAGUUUUACUUGAGAAGAUUGGGGAUUGUGUGAAGAGAUGCAAUGUUGUGAAAUAUUUUUUUUGUCAACAAGAAGUGACUGAAACUCAAGCUUCAGUAGUAACUGGUGUGAAUGAGGAAAUUGAAAUUGAUUUAGGUGCUCAAAAUGAUGCUAGAAAUGGGGUGAAUGAUGAUGUUGAAACUGUUUUAGGUGCUGAAAAUGAUACUCGGGUUAAUGUGAAUGGAGAUGUUGAAAUAGAUUUAAGUGAGGAAAUAGCAACACAAUCUGGUGGGGCUAUAUUGAAUGAAGAUGCAUGUUGGAGUAAGCCUGGUUUGGAUGGGCUUGGUUUGGGAGAUGUAAGUGGGCCUGGUUUGGAUGAGGAUAAGACUGAACAUGGGCCUGUUUUGGAUGAGGAUAUGACCAAAUCUGGGCCUGUUUUGGAUGAGCAAAAUGCGACUGAAAAUGAACACUCAAGUGAAGACAACGAUUAUGAUGUAGAUCCAGAGUAUGCACAAAGUGAAGAUGACUUAGAUGUGGGGGAGGCAGCUGAAAACCACUUGAAAGGAUUAGGGAAAGAGCCUAUAGACAUUGACAUAGGAGAUGUGGGUAUACAAGAUUCUGACAGUGACUUUGUUCCACAAGAUAGUUCAAGUGAGGAUGAAGAUGAGAAUGAUGAGGAGAUUGACGGGAUCCACAAACCAAACAAAAUGUACAGAAAAACCAAGCUGCCAGAGCUUCCUCAGUUUAGGGCUUCAAUUGACAUGGAAAAACCAGUGUUCAAGCUCGGGUUAUCAUUUCCAAAUGGGGCAGUUUUUAAGCAAGUAAUUAAGGAGUAUGCAAUCCAAAAUGGAAAGGACAUUUUUUUUAAGAAGAAUGACCAUCAUAGGAUUAUGGCUCAAUGUAAAGGUGUUGGUUGUUCAUGGGUUUGUUUUGCAUCGAAGAUUGAUGACACCACCACAUUUGUCAUCAAAACUUAUAAUGAUGAACACAAAUGUGCUAGAAAGAAUACAAAUAGAUUUGCAACUUCUAGAUGGUUGAGUCAGAAGUACAUGAAUGAGUUCAAGAUGAAUGACAAGUGGGGAAUCCCUUCUUUCAUGCACAAGGUUAGUAAGGACAAUGUCAUUGAGAUUACACGGGACAAAGCUUAUAGAGCUCGGUUGAUGGCAACUAGAGCAAUUGAAGGGAGCUAUGAAGAGCAGUAUGCUUCUCUUUGGGAUUAUGCAGAGGAGAUUAAGUGGACCAAUAAGGGUUCAACUAUUGAGUUUUUUAUAGAAGUUGGUGAGAAUGGUAAGCCACGUUUCAAGAGGAUGUAUAUUUGCUAUGCUGGAUUAAAAGCAGGUUUCAAUGAGGGUUGUAGACCUUUAAUUGGGUUGGAUGGCUGCCACAUUAAAGGUGUACAUCCAGGACAACUUUUAACAGCAGUUGGAAUAGAUGGGAAUAACCAAAUGUAUCCUAUAGCAUUUGCUGUUGUUGAGAUAGAAAAUAAGGAUUCAUGGAGCUUGUUUCUGGACCUAUUGAAGGUGGACGUCAAAAUUGAAAACUCAAACCAUUGGAGCUUUAUUACAGACAAGCAAAAAGGUUUAGAGCAAGCCUUGAAGGGUUUGUGGGAUGAGGGUGUACCUGAGGCCGAGCACAGGCAUUGUGCAAGGCAUCUAGAGAAGAAUUUCAACAAAGUUUUCAGGGAUAAAACCUUGAAAGACCUUUUAUGGAAAGCUGCAAGAGAGGUAACUAUUAGGAGAUUCGAAGCUGUGAUGUUGGAGAUCAAAUCAAUUGAUGAGGAAGCAUACAACUGGUUAUUGGCUGCAGGUCCACAUCACUGGAGUAGAUCACACUUUAGGACUCAACCUAAGUGUGAUAUACUUGUAAAUAACAUGUGUGAGGGAUUCAAUGGUACAAAGUCAAUAUUGGCAGCCAGAGAUAGACUAAUAUUUUCGAUGUUGGAGCGUAUUAGGAUGUACAUGAUGCAAAGGCUCACUAAAAAUAGGCAUUCAGUUAUAAUGUGGGAGUCUAACAUUGCACCAAGGGUCGCAACUGUUCUUGAAAAGAACAAGGUAGAAGCUAGAAGUCACAUUCCCACCAAAGGGAGUUAA